UGAGGGGCCUCGAGCAAGCAGCGAGUGGGAAUUAUCUCCCUUUUUCCCCCUGAGACAUGGCUGUGGUGCCACGGGAGAGCUCCCAAAGGACGAGAGAAGGGGAUCCUUCCCUUCGGAGGGUGUGUGGGCACCUCCCAACAUUCCAUCGAACACGUUCCCGCCCCUCCCGCCAUCUUGUGCCCGCCCACACGAGUUCCCGCCCCUCCCGCCGCCGUUGCCCCGCAACGCCCGAGCGGCCCCGGCCCGAUGGAGCCCACCAACUUCAUAGCGAAGGACAACAACUGGAAAAACCGUGUUGAAAACGAAAGAGACGCUGCAAAAAGAUGGGCUGAGAAAUGGGGAUUUUUGAAAACACCUCUUGAGGAGUUGCUUGGACAUGAAAAGAAAGAAGCUGCAAAGCCCAAGCUACAGCUUCCAGAUCACCUGCAGGUUCGACCUGUGACACCCGUGGAAAAAUACAUUAAGGUGCUUCCAUCUCCUCCAGUACCUAAAACUACCCAUGGAUUUAUUGGCUGGAGAUCAGGUGUUCCAGCACUGGCACUUGAACAUUAUGAAAUCCAAAGCUGCAAAGGAGCUGUCCGUAGAAUGAAGUGACCAUGUGAGUCCUCUGAGUGACAUUAUGAAAUAAAGAGGCACAAAGAUCCAUCUGCAUUCCUAAGGAAAUAUCCUGGAGUGGACUGUUGGACUGUUGUGCAUUUCUCUUCUUUAUGUAAAAAUCCACAAUCAUUUUGGUAAAGUGUGAACAUUUUCAUUUUACUUCAUUGAAUCUUUGGCAUCCAGGCUGCUAACUCUGCUUCAGAGCUUCUGCUUGUAACUUAGAAAUAACAAUGAAUAAACUCAGAUAGAUCACAGA